AUGAGCGCCCGCCUCUUCUCCGCCGCCGCGCGCAGCGCUGCCCGCGCCCCGGCCGCCCGCUCCACCGUCCAGCGCCGCUUCGCCAGCACCGACAACGCCUUCGUCAGGGAGCGCGAGGCUGCCAAGCACCACGCCGCCGGCACCACUGAACUCUGGCGCAAGAUCUCCAUCUACGCCUGCAUUCCCGCCCUCGCCCUCGCCGGCGCCAACGCCUACGUCCUCUGGAACGAGCACUGGGAGCACUGGAGCCACAUGCCCCCUCUGGAGGAGCGCGUCGAGUACCCCUACCAGAACAUCCGCACCAAGAACUACCAGUGGGGUAACGGUGACAAGACCCUCUUCUGGAACGACUCCGUCAACUACCACAACAAGGACAAGGCUUAA